AUUUGACCGGGGAGGGAGUUGCUUAAAAUGCAUUCCUCAUUGUGUGCGCUGCAAUAUUUACACAAUCUGCAGAUCUUUGCCUUUUUCUAGAUUUAUAUCUGUCUCCCUUCAGUUUCAUCUUUUCACCUCAGAUCUUCAGUCUGGCUGGGAAAGGGGAGUUUUUAGAAGGCGACUAGGACGUUGAGCACAGCCUCCGAAGCUGGCUCCAUGUAUCCAGAAUCCACCACAGACUCCCCAGCUAGACUUUCACUGCGACAGACUGGCUCUCCAGGAAUGAUUUACAGAAAUCUUGGAAAGUCCGGCCUAAGGGUCUCCUGCCUGGGCUUAGGAACAUGGGUGACGUUUGGAGGUCAGAUCACGGAUGAGAUGGCGGAGCAAUUGAUGACUCUGGCGUAUGACAAUGGAAUAAACCUCUUUGACACAGCGGAAGUUUAUGCUGCUGGCAAGGCUGAAGUUGUAUUGGGAAAUAUCAUCAAGAAAAAAGGUUGGAGACGGUCCAGUUUGGUCAUUACAACCAAAAUCUUUUGGGGAGGAAAGGCAGAAACUGAAAGAGGUUUAUCCAGAAAACAUAUCAUUGAAGGUUUAAAGGCUUCUUUAGAUAGACUUCAGCUAGAAUAUGUGGAUGUCGUAUUCGCUAACCGACCAGAUCCCAACACACCGAUGGAAGAGACAGUCCGAGCUAUGACCCAUGUGAUUAACCAAGGAAUGGCAAUGUAUUGGGGGACAUCACGAUGGAGCUCUAUGGAAAUAAUGGAAGCUUACUCAGUAGCGCGACAAUUCAAUUUGAUUCCUCCAAUCUGUGAGCAAGCUGAAUAUCACAUGUUUCAAAGAGAAAAGGUUGAAGUUCAACUCCCAGAACUGUUUCAUAAAAUUGGUGUGGGAGCUAUGACAUGGUCACCGCUUGCUUGUGGAAUAGUAUCUGGAAAAUAUGAUGGUGGAAUACCACCGUAUUCUAGAGCAUCACUGAAGGGUUAUCAGUGGUUAAAAGACAAGAUCCUGAGUGAAGAAGGACGACGACAGCAAGCAAAACUGAAGGAGCUUCAGGCCAUCGCAGAGCGUCUGGGCUGCACUCUUCCCCAGUUAGCCAUUGCCUGGUGUCUGAGGAAUGAAGGUGUCAGUUCAGUCUUGUUAGGGGCAUCAAAUGCUGACCAACUACUGGAGAAUAUUGGAGCAAUACAGGUCCUUCCAAAGUUAUCCUCUUCCAUAAUUCAUGAGGUUGAUAGUAUUUUGGGCAACAAGCCAUAUAGCAAAAAAGACUAUCGGUCCUAAUUUGGGAUGGCUGAGUACCAGACUGUCACAGCUCCGCUUUGGUUCUUCGACUUGCCUGCUUUAAGCUUUACCGAAUCCAAGUGGAGCGUGGUCGCACCCAAGAAAAUAACAUUUUCCGGAUAGCGCCAGGAAACUGUUCAAAAGUAUUAAUGUGAGAAACCAUAUGCUUAAUGUAAACAAAUCUACGCUAACUUCUUCAGCCGCACAAUGACGUAGUCACAGGAUGAGCGCUGCUUGUGGUAAUGGAAAAAAAAAAUAUCAAUAUCACCUCUUCUGUUCAGUGUGUCCAUCUUUGUGAUCUCAGGCUUCGUUUCAGUAUUUCCUCAGCCGUUGGUAAUGGUGCUGCAGCACGUUACUCUGGUUUUCUAUGUUGCGUAAAUAAUCACACCCUGAUUCUUCUGGAACUGGAUUUUUAUUUUAGAAGUUCUCAAUUUCUGCUUUACAAUUGAAUCCUAUACCUCAUUUAGGGAUUAUAAAAUAGUGAUUUUUUUAUUUUGUUCCAUUACAGUACUUUUUUCUUUUUUUAUAGUUCUUUUAUUCAGUUUUAUUUUAAUUUUACUUUUUUUUUUGUUGCACCAGUGACCUCUCAAACAAGUCUUGGGUGUACGUUACUUUUCUAGGUUGAUGGAAUUAUUAUGGUGUAUUUUUUUAUUUCAUUGCAUCUCCGUAAGGAAUAAUCAGUUCAAAUAUCUAGCAGAUUAUUACUGUUGCAACAGAUAUGAAGUGUAUCAUGGCAAGUUGGGGCUUCACAGCUAUUUCAUACGCUCCGCUGUUGUGCCAGUAGUUGUGCAUUAAUUUGCAGUAGGUCAACAACUAAACACUGAAGUGACACCAAAUUAUGCAAAAGUGGCACUGCAAAGUAAUUGAGUCAUGUGACCCUGCAUUGCUAUCGAAAUCAAUGGUAAAUGUUACCUAAUGUUUAUCAUUGAGUUCUGUCACAGAGUGAUUG